AGGCAUUUAAAAGUUCGAUCCGAUCCGCCACCCAAUUCCUAUAGAAGAAGGUCCAGUGACCACAACCUUGUUGCUCCUAUCUGUGUUAUUACCGCUAAAAGUUUUGUCCCCGUAAUUUCGGGUAUCAGAGGCUGUCCCAGCUGCUGUGAUGUCCACUUGGUGGGGGCUGGUGAAAAACGGUAGUGCACAUCAUGUGGACAAUAGCAGUUGUUUCAGCUCCACAGAAAGCACCGUCCUCAAGGGAAACAACUUUGGAGGCGUGCCUGUUGUACUGCUGCUGGACUUCAGCUUCUUCUUGGCGUUGCUGAUCCUCUUCUCCGUCAUCAGGAGGAAGCUGUGGGACUAUGGCCGUCUGGCGCUGAUCUCUGACAGGGAAGGGUUCAGUGAGACAUCACACCGCCGCUAUGGGAGAAUGUCGUCCUGUGUGUCCAACGUGGAGGAGCCGGAGCACGAAUUGGGAUGCUGCUCCUGGCUCCCCUACAUCAUCAGAAUGGAUGAGGAGAUGGUGAAGGCGCGUUGUGGGAUUGACGCUGUCCACUACCUGUCCUUCCAGCGUCACCUGAUCACCCUCCUGGUGCUGGUUACCGUCAUCUCCGUGACAGUCAUCUUGCCUGUCAACCUGUCUGGGAACCUGCUAGGAAAUGACCCGUACAACUUCGGAAGGACAACUGUGGGUAAUCUUCAGAAGGAUAAUAACCUGCUGUGGAUACACACAGUGUUUGCAGUCAUCUACCUGAUCUUGACAGUGUUACUGCUGAGGCGACACACCUCCCAGAUGAAGGGCUUGGGCAGAGGGCUGAUCAGAAACACCCUGUUUGCGUCUUCCAUCCCCAAAGAAGCCAGUGAAGAGGACAUCAGGACCCACUUUACUGAGGCCUACCCUACCUGCUGUGUGUGUGAAGUGCACUUGACAUAUGAUGUGGCCCAGCUGAUGCACCUGGACAAGGAAAGGAAGCGGGCAGAGAAGAACCUGCACUACUACGAGCGGGUACUUCAGCGAGGGGGCGAGAGGGAGGUGAUCAACCCCCAUCUAUGUGGUCACCUCUGCUGCUGCCGCACCCGCAACUGUGAGGAGGUAGAUGCCAUAGAGUACUUCCGUGGUCAAGCGGCAGGUCUGUUGGAGGAGGUGAGGACGCAGAAAGAGCUUGUGCCACAGCACCCUCUAGGGAUGGUCUUCGUCACUCUGCAGUCUGAGGCAAUGGCCACAUACAUUCUGAAGGACUUCAACGCCCUGGACUGUGGAAAUGGGGACAGUGCAGUGAGGUGUGGGUGUGGCCGAGAGCCCCAGCCUUCGUCUUGUAGUGCGACUCUGAAAGUGAGGAACUGGAGGGUUGACUAUGCCCCUCAUCCCAGAAAUGUGUACUGGGACAACCUUUCAGUGCAGGGCUUCCGCUGGUGGGUCCGAUGCCUGCUGCUCAACUUCUUCCUCUUCUUCCUCCUCACCUUCCUCACCACUCCCUCCAUCAUCAUCAGCACCAUGGACAAGUUCAACGUCACCAAGCCCAUCUACUACCUCAACAGUGCUGUGGUCAGUCAGUUUUUCCCCACUCUGCUUCUGUGGUCCUUCUCUGCCCUGCUGCCCACCAUAGUGUACUACUCAACUCUGGGAGAGUGCCACUGGAACAGGUCCAGGGAGCAGUUGAUUAUGAUGCACAAGCUGUACAUCUUCCUCCUGUUCAUGGUUCUGAUCCUGCCCUCUCUUGGACUCACCAGUCUGGCUGUGUUCUUCCGCUGGCUGUUUGACAAAGAGUUUCUGGCUGAUGGGAAGCUAAGGUUUGAGUGUGUGUUCCUGCCUGACCAGGGGGCGUUCUUUGUGAAUUAUGUCAUCACGGCGGGCCUGGUGGGCUCUGGGAUGGAGUUGCUGCGGUUGCCAGGGUUACUGCUCUACACCAUCCGCAUGGCGCUGGCUCGCUCCGCCGCAGAGAGGAAGUAUGUCAAACAGAACCAAGCGUAUGAGUUUGAGUACGGAGCCAUGUAUGGGUGGACCCUGUGUGUGUUCACUGUCAUCAUGGCUUACAGCAUCACCUGCCCUGUCAUAGUGCCUUUCGGUCUGCUGUACCUGAUGCUGAAGCAUCUAGUGGACAAACACAACCUGUACUUUGCCUACUUGCCCGCCCGCCUGGACAGACAGGUGCACCUGGGAGCUGUCAAUCAAGCCCUGGUUGCACCCAUCAUCUGCCUCAUCUGGCUCUAUUUCUUCUCCGUCCUCCGGACAGGGUUCAUGGCGGACACAUCUCUCUUCACUCUGGUGGUCCUGUGUGUAACUGUCUGCAUCUGCAUCAGCUACACCUGCUUCGGACACUUCAAGUACCUCAGCCCUCACAACUACAAGUUGAAAGAGGAUGAGGAUGCCUUGGAUGGAUUGGCGGACAGCAACAUGGUCUACCUUCCAAGGGUGCUUAGAACCGAGUCCCCCGCCACAUCACCAGAUGGGUGUAAAACCCCCCAGUCAUAUGGGACGACAGACAGCAGCCCAUCCUGUCAGAUCCCAGUAGAUGAUGAACUUUUGAUGAACCCCUGAACUUAAAAUAUCUUCCCCUUCUUUUUGAUUUUUUUCCAUGAGUCCUGGAGGCAUCCAGUCUCAGAACUGAGGUGAUGGCAUAGGGGAGUUUAUCCCCAAAUCUAUUGCUGUACCAUCCAACACAGGCCCUUCAAAUACCCUUAAAAUGCAUCCUUUCUCCUUUCAUCAAGCUUAGCAUAGCAUGUGUCUGAUAUCAAUAGAUUGGUCCAAGUAGAGCCUUUGCUUUCACUUAUUCAAUAGUGCUCCAUCAAUGAUUAUUUCCAGGAGGGGAGGAGAGAAUAAAUUGUUACGGGCCUCCUGAGACAUCUCUGCCAAGGCUCCACUGAGAGCUGGCAGCCACUCAGGAGCCAAGCCUUCUGUCAGAAAUGCCCAAAUCUGACCCUUUUCCUAAGACCUUCCUAUGAGGACUGCCUUGGCUAAAGACUAUUCAGCACCAAUACAGUUUUUUUCUUUUGUUAACCAAAAUUGCUUUUAUAGCAUAAUGUUGGGAAAAACUGCCAUACCAUGCAUUUCCACUGAGUUUGCGUUUUAAUAUCCAGGAUGCCAGAAUAGAAGGCAUUUUGGUUCUCUGACCAACAGAGGGCACUCUUGUUGCAUGGCAGUUAGUGUUCACUUUAAAUUACUUGUACUGAACCAGGGCCUUUCAAAUCUGGACCUCAAGGUCUGAUGAUACAAAAACGAUUUUUUACAAAUAGUUUUUGUAUUAUUAGGCAAGGAACUUUUAUUUCAUUUUGACUGAACUCUUUUAACAAAUGUUUUAUAUUAAGCUGAUAUAUUUAACAUGUUAUAGAAUUUUUUAUUAUCAGGAUUUUGAACCAUAACACAAUCUGAACAUGAAUUGACAUAACUAUUGACAAUGAAUGAGAGUAGGCCUAUUUAUGUGAAUAUGAACAGCAUGGAACUUCUCAGUAUUAAAUAUAUUGCUUUAAAAUGUUAAAUGGUUGAUACAU